GCCCAUGAAACCCAGCGAAAAAGAAACCGUCGAAGAUAAACCUUACUUAUAGAUAAUUUAAGAUGAUUUUUAAUUAUAAAAAUGAAUGAAAAGGAUUUUGCACCUCUUACACCAAUAUGUGUAAAAAAUCUUAGUGAUAGAUUAUAUGAAAAACGGAAAACUGGUGCUAUUGAAGUUGAAAGAAUUGUAAAAGAUUUGGUAACAAAUAGCAAGAGAUCACAGAUAAAGAGAGUGCUGAAAAUUCUUGGUGAUGAUUUUGCAUUAUCAAAUAAUCCUAACGCUAGGAAUGGUGGCUUUAUUGGAUUAGCAGCUUCAGCAAUAGCUCUUGGAAAAGAAGCCAACAAUUAUGUAGAAGACUUGAUUCGUCCAGUUGUUCCAUCAUUUACUGAUCAAGAUAGCCGUGUCCGUUACUAUGCCUGUGAAGCACUGUACAACAUUUGCAAAGUCUGUAGAGGGUUUGUGCUGCCAUACUUUAAUGAAAUCUUUGAUGGAGUUAGCAAGUUAAUAGCAGAUACUGAAGUAAAUGUAAAAAAUGGUGCAGAAGUUCUGGACAGACUCAUAAAGGACAUAGUUACAGAAAGUUCUUCAUUUGAUCUAAAAGCUUUCAUUCCACUCCUUAGAGAGAGGGUUUAUGCCAGGGAUCCUUAUGCUAGACAGUUCAUUGUAUCAUGGGUAGCUGUGUUAGAUGCUGUACCAGACAUCAACAUGCUGGUUUUAUUACCAGAAAUUCUGGAUGGAUUGUUCAAGAUACUUGGAGAUCAGAAACCAGAAAUAAGAAAAAUGUGUGAGAAUGUAUUAAAAGAUUUCCUGAACAGUAUAGAUACAAACCCAGCAGAUGUCAAGUUUGAAGGAAUGUCAAAUAUACUGAUAUUGAACUGUCAUAGUGAUGAUGAGAUUAUCCAGUGUACAGCAAUGACCUGGCUGACAGUAUUUAUAUCUAAAGCUGGUAGGACCAUGCUCCUAAAUGCUCCAGGCAUUAUCAAGACUGUUCUGCCUUGUCUCACCAACAACUCGCAUAAAGUUGUUUUAGAUGCUGCUAGGAAACUUAAUUCAGAAAUGAAGACCCUAAUAUGUGAGCAGGAUGAUUUGCCCACACCAUUGCUUGGAAGUCCAAUGGAUGGUGAAAUUAAAAUAAAAGACCAAACAGACACUGAUAAAGAGGAGAUAACUCCUGAUAAAACUGGUGGAAGAGUGAUACAGUUAGAUGUAAAGAAUGUUAUCAGUGUUUUAUGUCACAUGUUAGAAAAUGGACAUUUCCAGUCUAAAAUAGCUGUUCUUGAUUGGAUUAAUCAUUUACUACAAAAAGUUCCAAAUAAAACAUUCCUGAAUAUGGAUGUUUUAUUCCCUGCCCUGCUUAGAUGUUUGACAGAUGAAUCUGAGGAGGUUGUAUUAUUAGAUUUAGAAGCAUUAGCUGAGAUUUCCUCAAAUCCUGCAGGUCAAAUAACACAAGACCUACAGAUGGCAGUAGAGAAACCACCAAGGGAGUUAACCCCUGAUAGGAAAGAUAAGAAGGACAAAGAGGGUAAAAAACGUCCUUCUGAUCCAAGACAAUCUGCUGUUAGAAAAGGAGAUAAUUUAUCUAAAUUGCCAAAAGCAAAAUUAACUGUUGAAUAUGAAUCUAAACAUGGACUAAAUGCGUAUUUUACGAAGUUCAUGGUCAGUCUGUUGGACAUGUUUAAAGUAGAUCAACAGUCUACAGAACCAAAGGAAAGAGAAUAUUUUAUCAUCCGACAAUUGUCCCAUUUACUGAAUGCAGAAGAUAUUUUCCAGUCAUUUUCUAAAAUCCUUGUUAUAGAGGAAGAUUUAGACUUUGCCAAGAAGAUGGUCCAAACACUAAACACAAUACUAUUAACCUCAACUGAAUUAUUUGGUUUGAGAAGCCAACUGAAAACUUUAAAUUCUCAGGAUAGCUGUUCACUAUUUUGUAACCUGUAUAUGUCAUGGUGUCACAGUCCCAUAGCAACAGUCUCACUGUGUUUCCUGUCACAGAACUACAGUCAUGCCUGUCAACUGCUACAGACAUUUGGUGAUUUAGAAGUUACUGUAGAUUUCCUCAAAGAAAUUGAUAAGCUUGUUCAGCUGAUAGAGUCUCCUAUAUUUGCAUAUCUACGUUUACAAUUAUUAGAUGUUCAGAAUAAUCAAGAUUUAAUCAAGAGUUUAUAUGGACUAUUAAUGUUGUUGCCACAAUCAGAGGCAUUUAAAUUGUUAAGAUAUCGACUGGACUGUAUACCACAUUAUCAGCUAGCCUUAAUGAAUGACAGGCAAAAGACAAAAUCAUCAACUGAUCAGAGACCAUUUGUAUCUCACCUUAAUUUCCAAGACUUACUACAACAUUUCAAACAAGUUCAAGAAAAACACAGACAGAAAGCUUUUGCUGUCAAACCAAGGAGAUGAUACUCAUGAAACAUUAUAGAAUUAAAAUAGAUAAUUCAAAUGCUGAAUAUUUAAGUACCAUAGAUUCAGUAAACAAACAAGAACAACUGCGGACAAAAAUAUGACAUUAGUUAAUACUAUUCUUGAACAUUAUGAAGGAGACUACAACUAGCCAAAAAAAAAUACAAGUUUGAAUUAAUUCAAUGUAAAUUUUGAAUAUAGAAAUAAGGAGAUGUGGUAUGAUUGCCAAUGAAACAACUAUCCAUAAAGACCAAAGGAGAAAGUUGUGAACAAUUUGUUUUGUUACUGGUAAUUGAAACAUCACAUUAAUUUCUGAAUUUUUGACUGUAAUAGCUUUUUAAACAAACUGUCAUGCAAGUUUAAAUUAGCUGUCUUGUUUCUCUGCUUUAAUUGUCAGCUUAAAACAGAACCCUCGGUCUCCAUUGUUAUCUGUACUCAGUUUGCCUUUUUUAAAAUCAUCUUCUGAAAGAUAAAAUGAUAAUAAACAAAAAUUAAAUAAAAAAAAAAAUCAUUGAAUAUUGCCAAUUUAAUCCAAAUCAAAAAGACUUGUUCAUAAUCCCCUUUUUUUAAUUUCUUUUUUCACAACUUAGACAACUACCAAAUAUCUCUGCUUGCAUUUCAAAAUUUUUUUUUUUUAAGAAUUUAACCAAAAGUUCAACGAAACUAGUCAUUCAUAGAAAAACAAAGGAUAUGGGGUAUCCGUCCAUGACACAAAAUCACAUGCACAGCAAAAAGCACACAAAAAUCAAAGGAACAGCGCUUGUAUUAAUUACUGUUCUUAAUCUCAAUGUUUAUAUUUAAAGUAUUCCAUGAAUACAAGUUGUUGAGUUAAUAGUUGAAAUAUUAACUACAAACGUUGUAAAAGGCUAUGUUACAUAAAGAUUAAAGUUAAAAUGGAAACUGAUCAAAUGUUAUCACCAUAGUAACAAAGAAUGACCUUUGUGUUUUUAAGUGUUUUAUGCAUACCAUUCUUGUUACAUUGUACAUGUAUUGUUAUUGUUAUCUGAACUCAUGCAAGUCCUAAUAGACUUAAAAAGGAAAUAUUUUCACUAAUAUAUUGUGAUCAUAAAGUAAUAAGAUAUAAAUUUUACUUCAUUUGCAUUAAACAAUAUAUUAACCAUAAAAGUCGACAUAAUAUAUCAUAUAUUGUAACCUUUCGGCAUGUUUUGAUUAAUUUCAAAAGAUUCAUUUUGUGUAAUAUUUUAAUAUAUCAAUAAAGUGUGACAUGUAAAGAAAUAACAAAUCUACUACGAACUAUAAAAAAAAAGUUAUUAUAAUCUAUUGUUACCAAUCGAAUAAUGAUUUUAAGAUAUUAAAUUGAAAGACAGUACAUGGAGAUUUUAGAUUACUUUUAUCUGAAAUUCAGUCAGUACUUUUACUUCCAUAUGAAAAAAAAAAGAGUAAUGCAUUAAAUCCAUAUCUUAUUCAGACAAAUGAAAUUUUUACUACUUAUUUCAGUGGACUUAUAUUUUUCUGCACCAGAGACAAUAAAAUGUUCAAAUGUAAAAAGUGCAUGCUUAGCCAUUUACGUUAAUAUUUGAAAUUUGAAUGUUGAAAUUCUCCAAUGAUGUAAGCUGAUAUAUUGGUGAAAUUUGACAUUCUUUUAAGUUAAUCUUCAAAAUUUGUGUUCUUUUUUCUGUGCAACAUCAUCAGGCUUGUUGCCAGUUUUUUUAUGCUGUCAUAUGAUAUUUUCAUGCACAAAACACAGUGUAGUGUUGUUGAUUUGUAAUGGUCAUACUGUAUCAAGUAUUUUACCAUAGCUCUUUUCAUGUGAAGUUUUCAGCACACCAUAUUAGAAUGUAACUUAUACUAAUUAUGAAAUAAUAAUUAAUCUGUCAGGAAAAGUUUAAAUAAGCUGAAAAGUAGAAAAAAUCUUUGAAAUUAUUACUUUAAAGUUAUAUAUAGAAAGACCAAGAUAUCUUAUAAUUUGAAUGUCUACAUCUCCACAAUCCCUUCAGCCUUUUAUAGAAAGAAGUAGGAGCAAUAAGGCCCUUAUUUGGCCCAAAUAUUACUGCAAAUUUAAAAGUUAUCAUACUUAUUCUUAAAUUUGUCCUAAUAACUAGGUGCAAUGUUUCCACAAUGGAAAUAACGAUGGAAAACUGCAUAAAUUCUGUAUUUUUCAUCGUUUUCAUGAAAAUGGUAUAUAUUAUAACGUAAUUGAGACGUCAUCAGAUAAAGCAAUCAUUUUUCUUUUAUUUAUAUUUCUUGACUCUAUGCAUUUCCAAACAUUAUGUGCCAAUUUGAAAUAGUUGUCAAACAUUCUAUUUUCUUGGGCCAAAACCGGGCCUCAACGCCCCUUCUCCUUUAGAGAAAUACCUUUGCUUAAAUAGUGAAAUAAUACAAUCUGUUGAAUAUGAAAUAAUGUUCACACAUAAACCAUCUAUCAUAUAUUGUCCUUUAUCUGACCAUCUCAGGUGUAAUCAUGUCAAUUUUACCAAAAUUUGAUAUUUAUGGAUAAACUUGUUAAAAUGACAAAUUACUUGGCACUUCCUAUUUAGAAGGUGAGGGAAUUAAGUACAUUUUGUUGUGACCACUGACCAUUUAAUUUGCAUAUCUAUUAUACAGUGUCCAUGGAAUUCAUGGUUAUACAUUUAUUAAAAAGCUAUAUGUUAUUGUAUCAAAUUCUUUUUGUCAUAAAUGUGAGAAUAAAUUAAAGUAUAGCUAACAUAUAGAUUAUAGAUAUGGUAAUUUUUAUUCCUUUUUAGAGAGUGAAAAUUUAGAAUAUAUAUGAAAGACUUUUUGGGAGAUAGUUUGCAGAUUCUACCAUUAUGAAUAUGAGUAAAAGGAAUUGUAUGUUAAACCAAACAAACAACACAGUUUUACCUCCUGUACUGUUCAACAAUGUAGAUAUUUUUUGUAUUCUUUUUUAAUGCUAAUGAUAUUCUUAAACCUUGAGGCAAACUAUGAUAAAAAGGAAAUGAUUAUAUUUGCUCACCUCUGCUGACAUACAAUUAAGAUGAUGUGUUCCUACUGUUGUCAGUUGAAAGUUACAAUCAAUUAUAUCUAUAUAAUACCGGUACUCUAUCAUGGAAGAAUGUUUUUGUAUUUGAAAUUAUCAUAAGGUUCUUCAGUGUUUACUUGUAUGUAGGAUUCGUUUCACAUAAUUUUCUAUUACACUUGUAAAUUCAGUUAAGGUCGGUUCUAAUGCUGGAUGACAAAAAACAUAUACCAGAGGUAAACACAAUAAAAAACACUGACAAACCUCAUCGCAUAAUGCAGGAAGAUGGAGUGAACCAUGUCAUUUUUGCAAAUGACCAGAGCAAGUCUUGGACCCCUACCAAGGUUAAGAUUUGUUGAUAUGAUCUGUACUAAUACAUUCUGAAUAACUACUGAGACCACUUGGCUACUAAGACCACUUGGCCACUGUGGCCUCUUAGGUUAUUUAUGAGGGGCCUGAUGUGGGGGGGGGAGGGUCUCAUCACGAUUCACGAGUUGAUUUUUUUGUCAAUCACGAUUCACAGAAAAUAAAUUUCCAUGAUCACGGAUCACGAAAAUAUAAAAAAAAAAUAAAUCUGUAGAAAAAACGGAUCACGAUAGUGAAAAUGCGCCGAUCACGAAGAACGAAAAUAACCCAUCAGGCCCCUCAUUUAUGAAGAAUGUAGCAAAUAAACAUUGUUUUAACCAGUUGAAGAUUUUUGGGUAGAUGAGCACUAGGACCAGGUAAGCAGACAAAUGCCCUAUGAAAUAAAAAAAACAUAUAUAUAAACUUUAUUAAAAACAAAGAAUUACCUUCAACAGACAUUAAGAAUACUAUUUUCAAAACUUUUAAUAUGUUAUUUUAUAAGGUGUUGACAAAACGUAAAACAUUUUUUACUUGAUCUAAAUAUAUUGUUAUCAGCUAUAGAUUGUCUUAGAUGUAAAUAUAUGGAAUAAGUGCUUUAUUUUGUUACUUUAUAUUUCUUGUCUGUGCAUUCGUGUUGCUUAGCAAUAAUAAGUUAUUAAUAAUUAAAACACAUGAUUAAUCAA